GGUAUAUUGAUAUUUUUGUCGAUUAUUUGGACAGCGUGAAAAAUGACGGACAAUUGGUUCCAUUCUUGGCAACCGCCCACGGGUCUCAUACCAGACCAGCAGCCAUUUCAUGGUCCACUUCACUUGACGAAUUUCAGCAACGUUUACGAUUUAGGGUACCAACAAACACCAAGAAAUCCUGACCAUGGUCGACCUGAUACUUUUCUGCCAUAUUUACUAUCACUUGGUCUCGCAAGACCAAGUUUUCCAGAUACUAGCAGUACAAUUGGAUCAGAAAGAACCGGCCCAUUUACAACGUGGUAUAGUUGGAAAGUUUUGGAUUUCGCAUAUCCUUCAGAAUACGAAAGGGAUCUGGCCAUCUCUAAAGAAGAAUUCAUACAAAAAAAUAAUCUCCCGUUAGGUGUGGAAGUGUUUGGGGAUAGACUUUUCCUAACUAUGCCAAAAUGGAAACCUGGAGUUCCAGCAAGUUUAGCAGUAUUGCCAAGAGUUCCCAAAGAACAGUCACCAAAGUUAGUACCCUAUCCAAGUUGGGAAUGGCAUCAGACGG